AUGUUCAUCUCAUUUUUGUCGUUCAAGGCACGUCGCAGCUCCCUGAAAAAGGUUGAGAAUUCUCCCAAAGUAAGCGUUGUAGAGGUUCCAGGCGCAGUUUGCAUACCCUUCGUUUCUGAGACCAAUAAGGUCGACAGUGUCAAUGCUCCUGCACUGAACGAGCUGGCUCUCACAGCCAGCAGCGGAGGCGCCGAACCAAACGUUAAAUUCAACAGCACGGAUGUUGAAAUGCUCGAAGCUCUGUUGGCUUUUUCAAAGCCUGAGGAAGUCUUCAAGUUUCCUCCCAUCUCCGCUUUCUCACUCUGUUUUACUAACCCCCUGUUAGAAAGAGCUUAUCGACAACAGGUGCUUCGAAUCCCUCGUCGCUCACUUCAGCUCACUCUUGCGACUCCUCGUAUCUCGCCAGCGGUCAAUGCUAUCGCGCACUUUCUCUUCUACCUGUCCCUCCUCAUUGCGUGCUUUGUUAACUUUCCUUGUCUCAAGGACGUCUCCUUUAUCCCAAUCACUGCCAUUAUCAUCGCCUGUGUCGGCAUUGUCGUGAAUCUGGGCUUUCUCCUACUUGUCCUUGUUGAUCUCUUUGCCUGGAGCUUCGGUCCUCAGACAGUUCAGUUAGCAGUGUGGAAGCAGACUGUUUUCAGGGCUCACCGUUCCGCCUUCCAGUGGUAUGGGCGUAACGUUGUCGGCGCCAUUCUAAUUUCCUGUCCAGCGGCCUUCGUUCUUGCCAACUUUCAGGCUUGCCUCUUUUGGGCGAACCGGAGCACCGACUCGAGCAAGCCUUUUGAGGCCUUGGCAGAGUAUCGUGUAAUUAACGGCCUCCUCUACUGCAUCAUGCUGUACAGUUUCACCCUCUUUCCAAAUUUCUCCUUCUGGACUAAGUCUCUGUGUGCUAGUAUUGUCAGUGUGGUUGCCCUCCUGUUUAUGCACUGGCCUUUUGGACCCUUUAGUCCCUGUCUUGAGCGCGCAGAUCUGUUCACCUCAUUCGUGUACUCGAACAAGUCGGCUCCGGUCUGGGCUGCUGCGGCUACUAGUGACCUUUUCCCCUGGGAGAUGACUGUCGUCAUCCUGCUGAACCUUGUCCUUGUGGUUGCCCUCAACCGAGAAAUUGACAUCAGCUUCCGAGCCAAUUUUAAUCGUGACUUUGAGGCUAGUUGUGCGAAAAAGGCCAUCACGCUGGAGAAGAUGCAGGGCGAAUGGUUGUUAGAAAAUAUUAUCCCCCGCUACGUGUUGACCGACCUGCGUAAAACAAACAAGUACUCCCAACAUGUGAAAGAUGCUGGUGUCAUAUUCGCUUCGAUCGCAAACUUUUCCGAGUUUUAUGACGAGCAGUAUCAUGGAGGUCAGGAGAUGCUACGCGUCCUGAACGAGCUUUUUGCGGACUUCGAGCAUCUGUUACACGCAUCGCGUUUCAAGGAUGUGGAAAAAAUUAAGACUAUUGCGGAGUGUUUCAUGGCCGCAUCGGGACUAAAUGUGGUCGAACGGAGUCGUAAUCAUCGUCCAGAUGCCCAUCUCUACGCCCUCAUGGACUUCGCCAUCGAAUUAAUUAAGAUUCUAGAGGACUUUAAUCAGCAGAUGUUCAGCUUCCAUUUUGAGCUGAAAAUUGGUUACAACAUUGGCGAGGUCACUGCCGGCGUCAUAGGAACAACAAAGCUGCUCUACGACAUCUGGGGUGAUGCUGUCAAUGUGGCCAGUCGCAUGUACUCCACCGGACAGAAGGCGCGUAUACAGGUGACUGAAGAGGUCUCGCAGCGGCUUUCUUCACGCUACGACUUUGAAUACCGCGGUAAUGUCUUCGUCAAGGGCAAAGGCGAUAUGCGAACCUAUCUUUUAGUUGGCCCGAAAUCAGAUUCCGGUUCAGUGAAGCCGGAGUCCCCACAGUCCGGCGCUUAA